AUGAUCAUGGGUGCAUCCAAUUGUAGUACUCCUCCUAUUCAUUCAAAAAUAUCAAAAUCCACAGAUGUUAUUGUUAGCUUUGAUGAUCUAUUGGUUGAAAUCCUAUGUCGACUUCCUAGCAAGGAAUUCGUUUUCCAAUGCAAAUGUGUUUCCAAGCAUUGGCUCAGUCUCAUCUCGGAUCCGUAUUUAAUCGGCCGCUUUCUGCAUCUUCAAAGAUUUCAUAAUCAAACCCCAACAGCACGAACUCUGAUAGACAGAAGAGGAAAGGAGUUCCUGACACCGUCGUCAUCCAAUAUGCUAUCUCCACUAUUCAAAAGACUCAUGAGUUUCCAUGGUUUGGAAGAAAAGCCAUAUGUGGUAGCAACAUCUAAUGAUUUAGUUUUGUGCUGCCGAACUCCAUGUCACCAAAACCAACGUGAAUUCUACAUUUGCAAUCCAUGCACAAGGCAAUGGAUUGCUCUUCCUCCCACUACUCGAUGUUGCAAGUAUGCACCAGUUGGAUUCAUUUUUGAUCGCUACUAUGAAGAGGAAGAUAGUACUACUAGUAGUACCAAUAGUUUUGUUAAUAUUAGAAAGGACUACAUGUGCAAGGUCGUGAGAAUUCUUCCUCAAGAUUUAGCUGCAACUUCUUUUGAUUUGAUGGGUCAACACUUUUCCAAAUUUAUUGUUCAUGUGUUCUCUUUCGAAACGGGUGAAUGGAGAGAGUCAUUUGAGUCAUCCCUGCGAAGCAUCACAAUUACAGACUCUAAUAGCGUUGCUUACAAUGGAAUGUUGUAUUGGACAUAUUGGGCAUAUGAUGAUGAUGAGUCUCGUGAGGAGACGGGGCUUGUUGCGUUGGAUCCUUUCAUGAUCGGCAAUGUCAGUAGUGGUAGGUCUAAUGGUGAUGAGACUCUUGAAGAUGAUCGGUACCAAUUUCAUCUAUGUGAUGCAGUUGAUUAUGUUUUAGUCGAUCCAUUUAUAUGUGUGCGCCGAGGGCGUCUACAAAUGUGGGUGUGCAAUCACCGUGAAUAUGUUAUUAAUGUCUAG